GAGAAGAUGAGAAUAACCCAAGCAUGAUCGAUCUGGUCCAUGAAUAAUUGAAGAGGGAUGUGUUUUGGAGAGUUCUGUUCUCAGCCCAGCCAAGCCCAGCUCUCCUACAAUGAUUUCUCUUUCUACUCCUGCUUGUGACACAGGGCAGCAGAUUCCUGCAGUGCACCUCUCGCAUAGUAAAUCUGAUGUACAUCCGGGACAGUGUAAACACUGAUGACUCGAAAAAGGCUCUCAGUGGGAGAGGGGUAGAGAGGAGUCGGUUAUCUAAUAGAACUUUGCGCUGGCUGCUCCUGCCGCUGCUAACGACGAAACUCCUAUAUUCCAUUUCUGGGCUCAGGAACAUUUAGCGCGACAGGAGGAAGGAAUAACCAGAGGAGGGCUUUGAAUCAUAUGCCUAACCUAUCGACCCAGCUGAGCACACCUCCUCUCCUCUGUGAAUGCACUCACUUGCAGCAUGGACUCCGCAGGGGAAAGAGAGGAAGGGUGGAUGGAAGACCAGUGGGAGAAAUGGGACUAAACAGGGCAAUUGAUGCUUUGGCAGGACAAAUCCCUCUUUCCCGAUUGGUGUGGAGGUUGACCCAUGACAUCAGCCUGAAUGAGUUUGAAGAUGACGACUUGUCUGAGAUCACUGAGAUCACAGAUGAGUGUGGGAUGAGUCUCAACUACAUGGGCCUAGAGAUUAAGGGCUGUGUGAGGCAGGGGACCAAUAGUGGGGUGGGGAAGGAGGAGCUGGGUGCUGUCGGCCAGCUCCAGGCCGAGAUGCUCCAUUUGGAUCUGAUCGACGGGGCCGAUGGUUACCGCGAUGACAAGGAGUCAUCUAAGCCAUAUUCCACAGCACCCCUGCCAGUAACCGAGGACCCCCCUCUAGUAACCAUGAAUAUAUACCGGCCAAAGAGACCCACGACCCUUAACCUUUUCCCCAUGGUGCCACGCACUCAGGACACAUUAAACAACAACUCAUUUGGUAAGAAGUACAGCUGGCAGGAGAAGGUCUCGCUCUCAUCCUCCCCCCUCAAAACAGGCGGGCUGAUCUCUCCCCAUGAGCACAGCUGUCUAAGCGACGAGGACAAGCUGCAGCACGGAGGUGGGACGCAGACCAAGGACCGCGGCACAUCCACUGACACUCCCUGCAGAUACAAACACACUUCUGGACACACCGAGAGCUCCACAGCGGGGACACGCUCCAAACUGCCGGAGAAGCACCCAGCACCCCCGCCUCCCCAAAACUACACACUCGCACCUCUGGGCCCCCCAGGGACACACAGAGAGAAGAUCCGCUAUCACACAGAUGUACGCCUAGAACCCACCGAGGAGAUCUAUCUGACUCCCGUGCACCGUUCUGAGCAGGACCACCCAUUCCUGUCCCAGCAGCCAGAGCACGGACGCAUGUCAAUCAGCUCUGACAACGAGGGCCCGCCCCCUUACCAGCCUCUGCCCGACCGGACCAACCCUUCCAUUUGUGAGGAGGACGAGGUUUACAUGCCCCCUCCCUCCUACACCUCCUGUGUGGAGGCUCUCUUCACCCCUCCCUCUACCGCCCCCCCCAUGGAACCCCCAGGCUUAGCCCUGAACCUCGGCCUGAGGGAAGGAGGAGCAGGGGCGAUGGUGAGGGCAGGGGCAGGGGUGGAGUAUGUAGAUGCCCAAGAUGAAACAUUUGGGGUAGAGGGUGAGGAUGAGAGGGUAAGGGUUGUGGGAGGCAGGCAGUAUUUGGGACGUGGUGGCUGUGGUGCCCCCACGAGUACUUUGAUGAGCUCGGAAGCGAGUGGUCUGUCUUACGACUCUGUGAAGUACACACUCGUUGUGGACGAGCAUGCGCAGCUCGAACUGGUAAGUCUGAGGCAGUGUUACCAAUGUUACAGCGACGACAGCAACUCUGCGACCGUCUACGACAACUGCAUUUCGUCUCCGUAUGAGUCGGCCAUAGGGGAGAAGGAGGAGGAGAGAAUGAGAGUGGGAAGGGUGAGGAGAGAAGCCCCCGCCUGUCUGUCAGAGGACUCCACCCCUGAGGCGAACUUGCACUUCUCUAAGAAGUUCCUCAACAUCUUCAUGAACGGACGGUCACGAUCAUCUAGUGCAGAGCCGUUUGGCUUGUUCUCCUGCCUCAUAAAUGGGGAAGAGAGGGAACAGAGUCACAGAGCCGUCUACAGGUUUGUCCCUCGCCAUGAUGAUGAGCUGGAGUUGGAGGUUGAUGACCCUGUACUGGUGGAGGUACAAGCAGAGGAUUACUGGUACGAAGGCUAUAACAUGCGUACAGGCACCUGCGGCAUCUUCCCUGCUUACUACGCCAUAGAGGUCGCCAAGGAGCCAGAGAGCUUCAAAGUGAAUAGCAGUGACUGGGUAGACAGGUACCACAUGAAAUUCCUGGGCUCGGUCCAAGUACCCUACCACAAAGGCAACGAUGUUCUGUGUGCAGCUAUGCAGAAGAUUGCCACCAAUAGGAGGAUGACAGUGCAGUAUAACCCACCUUCAUCUUGUACCCUUGAGAUCAACGUGAAAGGCGUGAAGCUCCUAGUCCAGGAUGACUACUAUGCCUCUGACAAAAGUAACCAGUGCAGCCACUUCUUCCAGUUGAAGAAUGUUUCCUUCUGUGGAUAUCACCCUAAGAACAGCAAGUACUUUGGCUUCAUCACAAAACACCCAGCUGACCAGAGAUUUGCCUGUCAUGUGUUUGUGUCUGAAGAUUCUACUAAACCCCUGGCAGAGUCUGUUGGGAAAGCCUUCCAGUUGUACUAUAAGGAAUUUGUAGAUUGCUCCUGUCCGACAGAGGAUAUUUACCUGGAAUAGUACCAACCCCGCCUUCCACCACAACCCUGUACAUUACAGUGUAUCAUAACAUAAUGUUGCAUGACAGAGAAAACAAUUCUAACAAAUGUUAACUAAUACAUUUGACAAAAAGAUGAAGGAGAGAGAGAAAGAAGGAGAGGUACUGGUGUCUAAUGUUUGUCCAAAGAUUUUAAACAGUAUGAAGAUUGAAGAUGUAAUUGAUCGAAACAUAGUGGAGAUAUUGAAGAGGGGGUCCCAAAAUAUGUAAAAUGGAGUCACUGAUGAGGAAAUUAAUGUGCCACUCAAGCACAAUGCUCAGAUCAUAGUGACCAUGGGCCUCAUUUAUAAACGUUGCGUAGACACAAAAUAACGUUGCGUAGACACAAAAUAAGGCGUACAUCACUUUCUAACCAAACUUUGGGAUUUCUAAAAAACAAACUUGAUGGGAGAAUGUGCAGUUCUCCAUGGACACUUUGACACAUACGUAUGCACAUAAACUGGAGAAAUGAGAAAAUGUGACUCCGAUGGCAGAAGGAUGAAACUCGAGAAAUGCUUUAAAAUUGAUACCAUUGUGUAAAAUAAAUUUAAAUCUGGAAAAAAAAACAUGAUUUAGGAUAAUAAAUACAAAUAGAGAUAUCUGUUUUUGCAAAAUAACCCCUCAAAUAUGUUGUACAGUUUAAUCGGGAAUCAUAUUUAAUUGGAUCUGUAAUUAUUAAACAAUACUUGCAUGUUAUGAAAUGUAUUCUCAUAAAUAAUAAGGUGAACAGUAGGACAAAUUACGUUUAAACUGAUGCCGUUUUCAAUGCCUCAGUCUGGUAGAUACCAGUGCACAGUUUCAUAUGUUCGUUACACAGAACUGUCAAUGUGAUAAUGGCCCUGUCAUUGUCAGUUACAAUCAGGGUAAUUACCACACCUGAAGGUGUUACACCAUUGGGUGGCUUUGACAAUCAAAUGGGUGGGUAUAAAAAGGCAUGCAAUUACAAUGCUUAAUGACUCACAUUGGCUGCUUUGGCACUGUUGGAAGAUUUGGCGAAUGGAAGAAUUCGGAGAGAGUGAAUUUUCAGAGACCAGACAGAUUUACUCGAAAAUGAUGAAGAGGGGCUUAUUAGCCGGUUCCGAUUACCGAGAGCUGUUCUCUUGGAACUCUGUGCUGUAGUAGGCCCAGCUUUACAGAGAAGCACCUGCAGAAACCAAGCCGUGCCUGUCCCACAUCAACUCCUUGACAACAUCGUUAAUAGUGUUGAUGGUGUCUCUUCGCAUUUGCAGGACUGCAUCUGUGAGGAAAUGGCCACUGGAGGGUUGUGAUGCAUGAGGUACAGUGGAGACGCUGAGGCUGGGCGCACUCAGCUCCUGCUCAGCUGUAGCUCCACCGACCCCACAGGGACAAACGGCGACUAAAAACAAUCAAAUGUCACAAUUGUUUGUGUAAAUAAAUAAAGUAUUUGGUCAAUAA